UAAUUUACUACGGCAAGCGGUUGGGAGAAAAGGUUCGCGUAUUGAUUGCUGCCGUGGCGCGAGUGAAACACGUUGAAAAGUUAAAGAAAAGCGUCAGUUUGACAAAAGUAAAUAAGUUUUAACGUCGCGUAAUUUAGAGAAAGUAAUUUAUUAGCCUCCCAAACGCCCAAACUCGCUCACAUUAUAUCGUCAAUUCGACGUAGCCAGAAAGCUACAAACAACCGUACGUAACGUUAGCAUCUUGUUAAGCUAGCUAACGUUAGCCAAUCCGCUUCCUUCUUCCCCCUUAAGCGCAAAUAUUUAAAAGUUACUAUUUUGUGCGAGCGGCUGGAGAGGCAACAUGGUGGUUUUAAGGGCGGGGAUGUGUCCUGGCCUGGAUGAGGGUUUAGUUGGUGACCUGCGCGCUGCCGGUAUUAAAACAGUGGAGGACGUGGUGUCCUCCGACACCGAGGAGCUCGCUCAGAGAUGCAACGUGUCGUAUAAGGCCCUGUUUGCCAUCCGCCGGGUGCUGCUGGCCCAACACACGGCGUUCCCCGUGUCGGGCGCCGAUUUGUACGAAGAACUCCUGAGCUCCACGGCCAUCGUGUCCACUGGAAACCCCGGCUUAGAUAAACUUCUGGAUUCGGGCUUGUACACCGGAGAGAUAACGGAGCUGUGUGGAGGGCCGGCAAGCGGCAAAUCUCAGGUGUGUUUCGGCGUGGCGGUGCACGUUUCCUGCCGACUCAAACAGGGCGUCGUCUUCAUCGACACGACCGGCGGGCUCAGCGCCGGUCGCCUGCUGCAGAUGCUGCGAGCCGAGACGAGCGGCGUGGAGGAGCAGAUGGAGGCUCUUCAGAGGGUCCGCGUCUUCCGCCUGUUCAGCGUCUUCUGCCUGCUCGACUGUCUGUGCGAGCUCCGCGGCGGCGGCCUGCAGCAGGCGGCGGCGGCGGCGGCGGGCGGCGGCUCCGUCAAGGCGCUGAUCGUGGACUCGGUGUCGGCGGUUAUCGCUCCUCUGCUGGGAGGCAAACAGAAUGAAGGCAUGUCCUUGAUGAUGCAAGUGGCGGGAGUCCUUAAGACGAUGGCGAAGGACUUCAACGUGGCGGCGUUGGUCACAAACCACGUCACCAGGGGCCUCGGGGGGGAGCUGCAGCCGGGCCUCGGGGCCUCCUGGGGUCCCGUCCCCAGAACCAGGGUCCUGCUGGAGCGAGCGGAGGGCGCCGCCGGCCACACGAGCGUCCGCGCCGCCACGCUGAUCAAGUCGUCCAGACGGCCGUGUCACAUCAGGGAGGAGUUCGACCUGCGCUGGUGGAGUCGCUCUGAAGAAAGACCCUCAGGAAAGAGAACGCUAGAUGAGGCCUGUUGAGCAUCUCUGCCCAAAAGGUACACGAAGGUCUUUCCCUGUGUGCAACCCCCCCCUUCAGUAUAUUAACACAUUUAAUUAAACCCUCAUAGUUUGAAGCAGCCUGGGGACGAAGAGGCUAAUUAGGUUUUUCCUUGAAAU